AUGUCGCGCUGCGUUUGGGCGCUGGCCGAUGAGGAGGUGACAGAACACAUGCAUAGGUCGGAGGAGGGAAACGCGAGAGAAUGGCUAGCAACUCUGACAAAGACUCUCAGCCACAGCGACCAAACUAGGGUUUUCGUCACCCUUUGGGCAAUAUGGCAUGCGAGGAGGAAGGCGAUACACGAACAGGAGUACAGAAGUCCCCUCUCAGUCCACCUGUUUGUGGAAAAAUUUAUCGCGGAUCUCAGUCAGCCUGAUGAAGGAAGACUACGACAGCCGGCGGUGGCCACUGCGGCCACACCGGUUUGGAUACCACCCCCGCAGGGCAUGUUGAAGAUUAACAUCGAUGCCGGGGUAGGGAAGAACACGGGAAGAGGCACGGUUGCGGCAGUGGCGCGCGACUCUACCGGGCUCUUCCAGGGAGCCUCGGCGGUGGUCUACCCGGGGAGGAUGGAUGCCGAGACGCUCGAGGCUUUGGCGUGUCGGGAGGCAGUGUCCCUAGCUCUCGAUGUUGGAGCGCGAAGGGUGAAGGUGGCGAGUGACUGA